AUGAAAUAUAAUUGUACAGGUGCUAUAUGUGCAAUUUGUUUGUGCAGUUUGCUACCCGAUUAUUGUUGGUAUGUUCAUGAUGGCUCAGAAACUUUGAGGGAUUCCAUUACACUGACAGCAAAUGAUGGAAUCCACACUGCAACAAGAGAUCUUCUAGUGAUUAUUGCUCCAGUUAAUGAUGGAGUUCCUCAGAUUUUGCCUGGCCUCGUUAAGAAUCUCUCACUACCAGAGGGAGGGGAAAUAUCUCUUACAACUGAUGUAUUGGCAGCUACUGAUGUUGACACGCAUGACCUUCUGCUAAAAUAUAUCAUUGUCAGUCCUCCAUCUGAAGGUGUUAUCUUGAAAAAUGACAAUGUUGUUUCCAAAUUUACACAGAUGGAUAUCAGAGAUGGCUUGAUAAAAUACAAACAUACCAGUGGUGAAAUUGGAAGAAUUGCUGUAGAAGACAGUGCUACAUUUGUUAUAUCAGAUAAAGUUGUUCCAUCAGUUGAAACACUCCCUCUGAUUGAUGUCCAUUUCAGCAUCACACCUGUUAACAACCAACCACCAGCUAUAGUAGUUGGUAACCCAUACUUUGUAGAUGAAGGCCAAAAAGCAACUAUUAAUUCCAACAGCCUUAGUGCAGUAGACAGUGAUACUGUGCCACAGGAUAUAACAUUUUUUAUUACUGAAAAUUCUCAAUGGGGAUUCUUAGAAAAUGUUCUACCUGAUGUAGGCUCAGAGAAGAGUAAUGCUGGUAAGGCAAUUACUUCUUUUACAAUGCAGGAUAUUUCUGUGGGUAAUAUCAACUAUGUCCAGUAUCUUCAUGAAGGUAUUGAACCAACCACAGAUUUCUUUAUGGUCUUUGCAUCUGACGGUCAACAGAUUUCUGCAAAUGUUUCUUUUCCAGUGACAAUAGUUGCCCAAAAUGAUGAAAUUCCAAAAUUAACCAUUACUAAUUUCACUCUGUACGAAGGAUCAUUCUAUAAACUUAGUUCAUCAUUCUUCUUUGCAACUGAUGCUGACAUUCCAAUGGAAAUGUUGAUGUUUUCUAUCACAAAAGCCCCUAGUCAUGGCAUAAUCAUUGACCGACAAGAAACUGAUUUAAGGACAGCCCUUGAAGAGGGUUCUCGUAUCUAUGAUUUCAAUUUGAAUCAGCUUUUGAACACGUUGAAAUUAACAUAUGUUCAUGAUGGCGCCGAGAGUACAAGUGAUGAGUUUAUUUUGCGAGUAACUGAUGGAAAGCAUGUUGUAAAAAAGACGGUUUACAUAAAUAUUUUUCCAGUGAAUGAUCAAUAUCCAGCUCUAAUCAAGAACACAGGAAUUGUUGUUGAUAUGCAUGAGACCCGGACCCUAUCCAGUGUUGCCCUUCUUGCAUAUGAUGCAGACACACCAGAUGAUCAGUUGUAUUAUAUUAUAAGUUCUGUGCCACGACGGGGAAAUCUAGAGGUGUUGGAUGUUGUUGAUGGUAACUGGAAAGUUGUUCAACCAAAUGGUAAUUUUACUCAAAAUGAUUUGAAUAACAACCAUGUCAGAUAUCAACAUAUCAGUAGUCUAGGCUCUAAAGGAUUUGACCGUUUCCGUUUUUUUGUAACUGAUGGUGAAUUUUCAACUAAUAAAGAAGGUUUUAGAAUCGAGAUCACCAACACUAAGAAACAAACUCUGGAGAUUGUAAAUAACGGAGCAUUUGUUCAAGAAGGAGAUUUUGUAGUCAUUUCAAUUGAUUUGCUGUCAGCUAAUGAUGGAAGUAAUCUUAUGGAGGAUAUUAUAUAUACCAUCAUUACUCCCCCUACAGAAGGAAAUAUUGAAUUUCUUUCACUCCCAGGGAAACCAAUAACCACCUUUACACAGGUUGACUUGACUGGAGGGCGCAUUAUAUACUUGCACACACAAACACAUCAAGUUCUCAAUGAUCAAUUCAACUUCAUGGUAAGUAAUGGUCAGCAGUCCAAAAAUGAUACAUUCUAUAUUGUGGUUGAAGAUGUGGACAAUGAGCUUCCUGAAAUAGUUCUUCUUCAACCUGUGACAACAGCAGACCAUGGUACUGUAAUCAUUGCUAGAAAUUAUCUGCAAUCAAGUGACGAUGACUCACCUGCAAACAGUAUUAUAUAUACCAUUACUCAACCACCUUUAUAUGGACAGCUUCUGAUAGGUGACCUACCUGUACAGAGUUUCUUUACUCAAGCAGAUAUAGACAAUCUUGAAAUAUCUUACAAACAUAUUAGAGGCAGACCAGGUAUGGAUGAAUUUUAUUUCAUAAUUUCUGAUGGCACUAACAUCGGGUAUAAGAUCAAUGAUCAGGUUUUGUAUCAACCUCAAAGAUUUGCCAUAGAAAUUAUCAGUACUGAUGAUAUUGCUCCUCGUGUAGCCACACUACAAGUUCCUAUGAACCUUGAAAGAAGAAAUGGAUUUUAUGGUUAUGUCUUAAAUUCAGGCCAUCUUGAAGUAGUUGAUGAAGAAUCCAACCCAAGCGAGGUUACUUAUACCAUUGUUGUUGAACCUGUUUACGGUCAUUUAGAAAAUACUAGGACAAGACGCAGCAUUUCAAAUGGAUUUUCACAGCAGGAUAUUAAUGAACUGAAUAUUGUAUAUGUUCUCAAAGAACACACAAGAGCAACAAAUGAUAGUUUCACAUUUGAUGUACAAGAUGAAACUGGAAACAAGGCUACCAAUCUGAGAUUUGAAUUCAAGUGGGCCAUCAUUCAGUUUGCACAAGCAGAGGUGUUAGUGUGUGAGACUGUUGGAAGUUUUCCAGUUCACGUCAUACGCAGUGGAUACAUUUCCCCAUCAUCAUUUAUUCAAAUUUCUGUGCAUGAGCUUGGUGCCAGUGCGGGAUUAGAUUUCAUAUCAAGUCCUACGAAAAUGAUUCAGUUUGAUCCAGGUGUUACUUUAGCAGCAUGGUCAAUUGAAAUCAUUCAGGACAACAUCGAAGAAAACCGAGAACGUGUUCGAUUGAUAUUGCGUGAGCCUGUUAAUGCUAUCAUUGGGGAACACCAGAGACAAACAAUUAUCAUAAAAGAUGCUACAAAUGGUGUCUGUAAUGGAGAUAGUGAUGGUACCAUUUUGACUGGCCGUCAACAAGUUCAGCCCUUUGGCCCAUCAGGAAUCCCUGCAACUGACUGUAUUAAUUUUGACUGUGAUGGGUUACCACAACCAGGUACAUCUGGAUGUCCUAAUGGAUGUGACAGUCAAGUUGGUUGUGAUACAGGGUGUACAGGUGAUCCAGACGGUUGUAUAUCAGGAUGUUUAAAUCUUGAAGAUAUACCACCGAAUGCUGGUCAAGGAACUUUGAAAUUUGAAGGACCAAGUGGACAGUCACUUCAGUCAAAAAUUCAAAUACCUGGAUAUCAGGUAUCAAGGGAAGGACAACAGUCUUCUGGAAUUGCUGGCCCAGGAGUUAUCCCAAAAGAAUACCUCAACAAAGAAAAUAUUCCAAAUAGACAUGAAUGCAGAGGUACUCGUAACCAGUGUUCCGAUCCAAUUCACAGAGAACAAUCAUCUGGUCCAAUUAAAAUUCCUCUACUUUAUCCAUCUAAUACAGAAGGUGAACAGGGCACAGAGCCUAGAAAAGAGAAAAGCAGUAGGAAGAAAAAAGACAGGGAAAAAACAAAUUGGAAGUCUGUGGUAACCUAUCUGAGGCCCAAUAGUAGUGUUGAAGAAAACCAGGACAGAGUAACUAAAAACCACAAAUCUUCUUUCAGUAGCCAUGCUGUGCUAGUUGAUCCUGUGAAUAAUAGCACACAGAAUGUUUGGACG